AUGUCGGAGAACCAGCCCAACGCCAACCACCACGCGGGCAACAACACCGGGGGCGGCGGCGGCGCCAACAACCGCGGCGUCCGCAACGCCAACCUCAACCAGAACCCGCUGAUCAACGUGCGCGACCGCCUCUUCCAUGCCCUGUUCUUCAAGAUGGCAGUGACCUACGCACGCCUCUUCCCGCCCUCCUUCCGACGCGUCUUCGAGUUCUUCGUCCUCCUCAAGGCUCUCUUUGUGCUCUUCAUCCUGGCUUACAUUCACAUCGCCUUCUCCCGCUCCCCCAUCAACUGCUUGGAGCACGUGCGGGAUAAGUGGCCACGCGACGGCAUCUUGCGGGUGGAAAUACAGCGCAACUCGAGCCGAGCCCCCAUCUUCCUGCAGUUCUGUGAUGUCGAGAAGUUUCCAGGAAUGGUGGUGGAGUCCACAGCUGAGGAAGAGGAGGAGGAAGAGGAGGAAAUGACUGUGGAUAUGUUUGAAAACAGCUCUAUCAAGUUUGAGCUGGAUAUUGAGCCCAAGGUGUUCCUCAAACCAUCCCGGAUGAGCAGCACCGAGGCGCUGACCCACAACGAAAGCCAGGAGUUCUCAUUUAGUGAAGCGGCCACUAAAGUGUGGCCGCAGGAGGAGUACAUCGUGGAGUACUCCUUGGAGUACGGCUUCCUGCGGCUGUCCCAGAGCACCCGGCAGCGACUCAGCAUCCCCGUCAUGGUGGUGACUUUGGAUCCCACUAGAGACCAGUGCUUUGGGGACAGAUUCAGUCGCCUAUUGCUGGAUGAGUUCCUGGGUUAUGACGACAUCCUGAUGUCUAGUGUCAAAGCUUUAGCUGAAAAUGAGGAAAACAAAGGUUUCCUUCGUAAUGUAGUAUCCGGGGAACACUAUCGCUUUGUCAGCAUGUGGAUGGCCAGGACUUCAUACCUUGCAGCCUUCGUCAUCAUGGUCAUAUUUACCCUGUCCGUUUCGAUGCUGCUGCGUUACUCUCACCAUCAGAUCUUUGUCUUCAUUGUUGAUCUGCUGCAGAUGCUGGAAAUGAACAUGACAAUUGCAUUCCCUGCAGCUCCCCUACUCACUGUCAUCCUGGCUUUAGUAGGAAUGGAGGCCAUUAUGUCAGAGUUCUUCAAUGACACCACGACUGCGUUUUACAUCAUCCUCAUUGUGUGGCUGGCUGACCAGUAUGAUGCCAUCUGCUGCCACACCAAUACGAGUAAGAGACACUGGCUCAGGUAAG